AUGGUUGGGGUUCCAGGACGCUCGAGAGGGUGUUCGACCUGCAAGCAGCGGCGUGUGAAGUGCGAUCAAGAGAAGCCUUGCGGGCAAUGCACAAAGGCCAAACGAGAGUGUCUGUAUCCACAGAACCAUAUAUUCGUGCACCAUGAAGGCAACCACAAGACUGUUUACCGAAAGUCGGACAAGGAUCGGACAGUGAAGAAGUCGGGCCUGCCAGCGCCAACACCUACAAGCGAUACCCCCUGCCUCCCGCCAAAGUCGUUUACCUCGCUUGCAAUUCUCCAACCCAUUGGCACGCUCUCUGUUCUGAAGCAGCAGUUCCUUAGCGAAGCCUGCUCCAAGGAGCUACUUCAGUCCCGAGAGCUGAAUGCCCCCAAGCCAUGGACGUACAGCCUUUCCACUUUCGCCGGCUCUGUCUACGCCUUGAACUCUGCCCCGCUCUCUUGCUAUACAGCGUGGAUCGGGCGACGCAACCGCGAGCCUUGGCUUGUGGAAGCAAGCCGCCGUCUCUACAUCCAAGGUCUCAAGGAGGUCCAAGCAGCCAUCAACGAUCCGACAACCGCGCUUCGAGACGAGACGUUGGCGGCAUGUCUAACCUUGAUCAUAUACGAGGCGCUCGAGUGUCCGGAUCGAUCUCGUAGUGGCUAUGCCGCCCAUGUGGCCGGAUGCGCGAGGAUCGUGAAGAUGCGUGGGCCGAGCAUGCAUCAGCACGGAGCUGCUCAUCAACUGUUCGGAGCGUUCAGGUAUAUUGCUUUGUUUCAUGAUGUCGAAUUGCAUAAGCCCUCAUUCCUCUCCUCGCCAGCGUGGACAACUCUGCCAUGGCAGGAUCGAGACAAGACGAUGAACGACCGCCUGUUCGACCUCCUCUCACUAGCGCCGGAAGUCCUCCAGAAGAGCGAUCGACUCCCUUCGAUCGCGCCGGGUGCCUUCAUGCCUGCUCUGCUCGACUUGGCGCACGAUGUGGCCAUGACCGACAGCAAGUUGCAAGCCUUCUACGCCGAGCUCGUCGAGUCCAGCCCAGACCCUCUAUACUGGGAAGAGCCCUCCCGUGGGGUGACGCUCGAGGGCAACCUCCAAUCAAAUCCACUCCAGGUCGAUUGCGAAACAACAGCCUUCCGCUUCCGCGACUACGACACCGCGACAACGUUAUGCACGUAUUGGGCCUUACUCGCCAUGUCCUGGUCCGGGAUGACGGACAUUCAAAAUACUUUGCUCGACAUGACGCGCAACAAUCUCAUCUGUGCGCAGCUGGUUCCGGCUGUUAAGCACCUUACACUGGAAGCGCGGGACUGGUUGGAUCCUGUGAGAAAAGUGCUCAAGGGCGUUCGCUUCUGCAGUACGGAAGGCACGGGCGAAGUCGGCCCGACGAAAUUGGCCAUUCCAUUGGACAUCGUGACGGACGUUAUGAAGGGCCGCUCGGGGUGUGCGAAGGAGCGUGCGGAGGCAGUGAGGAUUGGAGAGGAGAUCAGUUCGAGGUUCCUCCGUAUAAUGCAGUUCAAGGAUCCGCCUCUUCGGGAGAGUGCUUGA